CGCGGCAGCGUCGUGUUUUUCUUUAUACUUCCAUUUCAAUAAUAAAAUCACACGAAGCGUCGCGCAUCUGUCAUCGAUAAAGCUCCGAAGAUUUUACAUCAAUGGGUGAAAAUCCCAAAUACGUAUAUGCUUAUGGCUGGAAUCGUUUUAAUAUGGGCGUCAUCGGAGUUUGGCCCGAACAAAACGAGGGUUUUCUACUUCGUAAUCGUGCCUGGGCUUACUCACUUUUGAUAUUCGUUUUGAUAUGGAUUCCACAAUUUGCAAGUGUCUCCGUUUUUUGGGGAAAUCUCAAUGAGACUAUAGAGUGCCUCUCGACGAACGUUCCCGUUGGUGUUUCCGUCAUGAAAUUAGUGGUUUUUCGUUAUCAACGAAAAGUUUUAAAGAGUCUGCUGAAACUCGUUGAGGAAGAUUGGGCUCAACCGUGGACGAAAGAGCAGGAGGAAACUAUGAUGAGACCGACGAGAAUCAGUAGAGUGAUUUCUCUCCUUUCGGUAACUGUGACGAGUGGCUUACUCGUCGCUUACGUCGCUUCGGGGGUUUGGUUGGGUGUUCAAAAUUUCAAUAAUCCCAAUAUCGAUCCGCGUCUUUCGGUCGGUUUCCUCUACUCCGCCGUAUUCCCAUACGAUACUAGAAAAAUGAAAUGGUUCAUACCGACCUGGAUCCUUCAACUGGCCGGCACAUGGUUUUCUAUGAUCGCCUAUUCGGGUCCGGAUGCUUUCGUCGCUAUGCUCGUGCUUCACUUGUGCGGCCAACUCGCUGUUGUACGACUCAAUUUGAGAAAUAUCGUUGAUCAAUCGGAACCCAUGGAUCCGUCUGUGUUUCGGGUAAAACUCAGAUCCAUUGUCCAGAGACACGAGGAGCUCAACAGACGAAACGCAAUGAUCGAAGAUGCUUUCAACGCGAUGCUCUUGGCUCAGAUGCUCGUUUGCACCAUAACUUUUUGUUUUCAAGGAUUCGCGAUGUUUACGACGGUGAUGGAUGAAAGAGAAGGCAGCUUUCCGAUCCUCGGAAUGACCUUUUUUGUUCUUCAUGCUAUUUACACUAUAAUGCAUCUGUUCGUGUAUUGUUGGGUCGGUGAUGUUUUGAUCGUCGAGAGUACGGAUAUUGGUUUUUCACCUUACGAAAGUUACUGGUAUCUCAUGAGUUCAGCGGAGAUGAAAGCUCUCAUGUUUGUGACUCAUCGAUCGAGAACUCCUCUCCAAAUAACUGCUGGAAAAUUUUGCAGUUUUUCCCUCGAAAUGUUCACGAGUAUAAUGAAAACUUCGAUGGGAUAUCUUUCGGUAUUGCUCGCCAUGAAGGAUCGACUUUUAUCGUACCUUCGUAGCAAUCUGACCGCUUUAAUUGGUUGUCUCGUUAUCAACAUUCCCGUUUCAAUGUCGAUUUACAAAUUAUUCAUACUCCGUUUCCGUAGAGCAGCUCUCGAAGUGAUCCUUGCCUCAAUGGCCAAGGAUUGGGCCGUCGUGAGAACGGACGAGGAGAUGAAAGUCAUGAUCGAGAAAGCAAAAUAUUCCCGAAUUAUUUCGAUAAUGUCAGUUUCACUGGCGUUCGUCGUACUGAUUGCAUUUUCUAGUGUCGGGGCUUGGGAAGCGCGGACUCAACGCCAAUUUAUUACGAACGAGACAAAAGUCGGGGUCGGUUUUCUCUAUUGCGCUUAUUUUCCCUACGAUACAACGGAAACAUCUUCAUUCGUGACAACGUGGUUGAGCCAAUUUUUCGUUACGAUAGUCGCAAUGAUCGGUUUUUCAGGACCGGAUAGUUUAAUGGCCAUGAUAGUAUUGCACAUUUGUGGACAAUUGGCUACUGUGAGAAUAGCUCUCACUCAUAUCGCGGACAAAGAGAGCGUUGACGAUCCUAACACGUACUGGGAAAGACUCGGCACUAUUGUCGAAAGACACGAAGAACUCAAUCGCCAGGGAGAAUUGCUCGAAUCAUCUUUCAAUAUGAUGCUCUUGAUGCAAAUGGUUCUCAACACCAUCACUUUUUGCUUUCAAGGCUACAUGACGUUUACGAGCACUGCUCUCAGUUACGCUCCUUAUGAGAGCGAUUGGUCUCGUCUGUCGUCUGUUCAGGCGAGACCGUUGAUGAUGGUGACGCAUCGAUCUCGAAUCCCUUUGCAAAUAACUGCCGGUAAAUUCGUUGGGUUUUCACUCGAAUUAUUUACCAGUACUGCGAGUCUGCGAUUUCUCUGGGGCAAUCUCAACUCCAUUAUAGAUUGUUUGUCUACCAAUAUGUCCAUCGCUAUGUCAAUUGUCAAAAUUCUCGUUCUCCAGUCACAGCGAAAAGGACCCGAUUGCAUAGUCUCUAUGAUGGUGCUUCACCUCUGUGGCCAGCUCAGAAUUCUCCGUUGUUCCUUGAGACACGUCGUUAAUGGUACGACCAUCAAAGAACCUCAUUUGUUUUGGAAGAACUUUAAAGUCAUUGUCGAUAGACAUGAGCAGCUCAAUAGAUUUGAAAUCGUCAUGACUAGAGAUAAUCCAGGAUUCGAGUACGCGCACGGUUGGAAUCGUUUCAACAUGAGGGUGAUUGGUGCAUGGCCGGACAAUGAUGAAAAUUUUAUCAUAAAAAAUCGUUCGCUAGUAUACGCGGUAGCGAUUUUUACAGUUAUUUGGCUACCAAUGACCGCUAGUUUAGCGUACCUUCGUAACGAUAUGACCGAAUUAAUUGGGUGUCUUGUUAUUAAUAUUCCCGUUGCAAUGUCUAUUUACAAAAUUGUUCUACUUCGUUUGCGGAGGUCGGCUCUCGAAGUAAUCCUUUUCGCAAUGGCCAAGGAUUGGUCGAUCGUGAGAACGGACGAGGAAAUAGAUACGAUGAUCGAGAAAGCCAAAUAUACCAGAAUCAUUGCUUACAUGUCAGUCUCAUUGGCAUCUGCUGUGAUGAUAGCAUUCUCCACAGUCGGGGCUUGGACAGCACCUAUACAGCGGCAGUUUAUCACGAACGAAACAAAAGUGGGAGUCGGUUUUCUCUAUUGUGCUUAUUUCCCCUACGAUACUACAGAAACGCCUCUAUUUGUGUCAACCUGGUUGAGCCAAUUUUUCGUCACGAUAGUCUCGAUGGUUGGUUAUUCAGGACCGGAUAGUAUAAUGGCGAUGAUGGUAUUGCAUCUUUGUGGACAAUUGGCAACAGUAAGAAUAGCUCUUACGCACAUAGUGGACGAAGAGAGCAUCGAGGAUCCGGACACCUAUUGGGAAAGACUCGGUUCUAUUAUCGAGAGACACGAAGAGCUCAAUCGCCACGGUGAGCUGCUUGAAACAUCUUUCAACAUGAUGCUCUUGAUGCAGAUGGUGCUCAAUACUAUUACUUUUUGCUUUCAAGGCUUCGUAACAUUCACGACGUUGAUCGAAGGGCUGACCGGUGAUGAAGAUUUCCCCUUCCUUCAAAUGAUUUUUCUCGUUGUUCAUCUCUUUUACACCAUUCUCCAUCUUUUCGUGUACUGUUGGACCGGCGAUCUUCUCACUUGUGAGAGCACCGCUCUCAGCUACGCUCCUUAUGAGAGUGACUGGGUUCGUCUGUCGCCUGCUCAGGCAAAGGCGUUGAUGAUGGUGACGCACAGAUCACGAAUUCCGCUUCAAAUAACUGCCGGAAAAUUCGUUGGUUUCUCACUCGAAUUAUUCACCAGUAUUAUAAAAACAUCGAUGGGCUACCUUUCGGUACUUUUGGCAGCUUGGUCAGCGUCAUAUCAACGCCAAUUUAUCACAAACGAGACUAAGUUGGCAGUUGGUUUUCUUUAUCCCGCUUAUUUUCCAUACGAUACUAAAGAAUUGCGAGGAUACUUGCCAACGUGGUUUGGCCAAUUUUUCGUAACGAUAGUCUCCAUGAUCGGUUAUUCAGGACCGGAUAGUUCAAUGGCCAUGAUGAUAUUGCAUCUUUGUGGGCAAUUGGCUACAGUGAGACUGGCACUUGCUAAGAUCGUGGACGAGGAAUGCAUCAAGGAUCCAAGCGUCUACUGGAAAAAACUUUCCACGAUUAUCAAGCGACACGAAGAGCUCAAUCGAUGUGGCGAGUUGCUGGAAGGAUCUUUUAACGGGAUGCUUCUAAUACAAAUGAUACUCUGCACUGUAACAUUUUGCUUCCAAGGCUUCGUGACAUUCACGACGGUGAUCGAAGGACUGACCGGGGAUCGAGAUUUUCCCUUUCUCCAGAUGACGUUUGUUAUCAUUCAUGGGUUUUACACUAUUCUUCAUCUCUUCGUGUAUUGCUGGGCCGGAGAUCUUCUCGUUUUUGAAAGCACUGCUCUGAGCCGCGCUCCUUACGAAAGCGAUUGGUUUCGUCUCCCGCCCGCUCAGGCAAGGGCCCUUAUGAUGGUAACCAAUAGAUCUCGAAUUCCUCUUCAAAUAACUGCCGGUAAAUUCGUUGGGUUUUCACUCGAAUUGUUCACAAGUAUCAUGAAAACGUCGAUGAGCUACCUCUCUGUACUCCUGGCUAUGAUGAAUAGUUGAACCUUCUCUUAAGUCGUACUGUAUUCUCGAGAAACACGGUUCUCACGUAUCACGUAAUGUUAAGAUAAAACGAGAAUGUAUAUGAAA